AUGAUAUUUCCAUGCGGAUGCACGAAGCUCGCCAAACUCCUACGCGUCGCCCUCGUACAAAACAACAUCGCAGGACUUAUUGACGCAUUAUAUGAUGUCAGCAGCCCGUCAAGUCCUAACUACGGAAAAUGGCUCAGUAAAACUGAAGUCGAGGCACACGUAGCCCCAAAACAACACAGCGUUGCGGCUGUCAAUUCCUGGCUUAGCGCGCACGGGUUGAAUGCGACUGCACUCUCUCCCGCUGGCGACUGGCUCAGGAUUGAAGUUCCAGUCGCCAAAGCGAAUGACAUGCUCGCUGCCAACUUCUCUGUCUUCUCGUUCACGGCCACCGGCUCGACUACUGUUCGGGCACUUUCGUAUUCUGUCCCAUCCGAUCUGGCUGAACAUAUUGACCUCAUACAUCCGACGACCGCGUACGUGUUUCGUGAGUAUUGCUUCGUCAAUGCACUGAAAAUGAUAUGCAGUUUCCCGGUACCAAACGGGGCGAAGCCCGCAGUCAUCCGUUUUGCUGACAAUACGGCCUCAAAGGCAUUUGAUCAUUCCUCGGCAUGCGCCCUUCAACACCUAUACGGCAUUCCCGCUACUCCUGCAACCGUCUCAUCCAAUGGCAUCGCAGUCACCGAAUUUGAGAAGCAGUAUGCCCAAGCCGCCGACUUGCACUCAUUCCUACAACACGCCCGUCCGGACAUGAACCCCGACACGAACUACACCGUCAUUAGCAUAGACGGGGGCGAGAAUCCUCAGGACCCCAAGGAAGCUGGUGACGAAGCUGAUUUAGACCUCCAGUAUACUGCGGGACUGGCAACAGGCGUCCCUGCCACGGUCACUAUCGCUGGGGGAGAUGAUGUCUUGGCAGGGUUCCUGGACACCGGUCUCUCUCUCCUUGGGCUAGAGUCUCCUCCGCAAGUGGUGUCUACCAGCUGGGAUGGGGACGAGGAUAAAUUCCCGCCCUCACAUGCAGUCUACCUGUGUAACGUGUAUGCGCAGUUGGGCGCUCGUGGUGUCUCGAUGAUAUUUGCCUCGGGUGAUGAAGGUGCUUCUGGAAACCGAAGUGAAGGUAACUGCACCAUCUUUAGCCCGACGUUCCCGGCAACGUGCCCACAUGUCACGACGGUAGGUGCGACGACCCGUAUCCCCGAAGUCGUAGCCGACGUCUCAGGCGGUGGGUUCUCCAACUACUUCCUGCGACCCGACUACCAAUCCAAGGCCGUCUCGGCCUACUUGGCACUCCUCGGGAAUAACAACACGGGGCUGUACAAUGCAUCCGGUCGUGCAUACCCCGAUGUCGCCGCCUACGGAGUGAACUGCACGUACAUAAUGGGCGGUGUCACUACGCUAGGCACUGGCACAAGCUGUUCGGCUCCCAUCUUCGCAAGCGUCAUUGCUCUUCUCAAUGACCGGCUGCUUGCCGCCGGAAAGCCCACCUCGGGCUUCCUCAAUCCGUGGAAACAACACGUCUUGUGA